AUGAAACGACCGAUGUCUCUUCCUGUUCCCUUUCUUCUUCUUCUUCUCUCUACAGUCGCUUCUGCAAAGCUCACGAACCCUCUGGGCCUCGCCAGGUCCAGCUUCCCGUCCGUACACGCGCAGGAGCUCAUCAGAGCCUUCAAUCUCUUUCCCAAGGAAGAUAUCAACAUCAUCGACGGCCCUGAUUCCUCGAUCUUCCACGAUUCGCCGAGGCUCGUCGAGAAGCGCUUCAAUCUCCCCAACCUCGUCGGCUCCGGAGUCUCCCUCGAGGACCUCGGCCACCAUGCCGGCUACUUUAAGAUCGAGCAUUCUCAUGCCGCAAGGAUGUUCUACCUUUUCUUCGAGUCUCGCACAAACAAGAAGGACCCUGUUGUUAUAUGGUUGACUGGAGGCCCAGGGUGCAGCAGUGAAUUGGCUGUAUUUUAUGAAAAUGGUCCUUUCAAUAUCGCAAAUAACUUGUCCCUGGUGUGGAACGAGUAUGGUUGGGAUAAGGCAUCUAACCUUCUGUAUGUUGACCAACCUAUUGGGACUGGCUUUAGUUAUAGUACUGACAGGCGCGAUAGUCGACACUCAGAAGAUGGCAUUAGUAAUGACCUUUAUGACUUCUUACAGGCCUUCUUUGCUGAGCACCCUGAGUUGGCAAAGAAUGACUUUUACAUAACUGGAGAAUCAUAUGCUGGACACUACAUUCCAGCUUUUGCUGCUCGUGUCCACCGAGGAAACAAAGCUAAAGAAGGAGUUCAUAUAAAUCUAAAGGGAUUUGCCAUUGGAAAUGGGCUCACUGAACCUGCUAUCCAGUAUAAGGCUUACACAGAUUUUGCAUUGGACAAUGGAAUAAUCACGAAAACUGACCAUGAUCGUAUUAACAAAGUGCUUCCAGUUUGUGAAAUGGCUAUUAAGCUUUGUGGCACUGAUGGUACGGUCUCUUGCGUGGCUUCAUAUUUUGUUUGCAAUACCAUAUUCAGUAGCAUCCUUGCGCGGGCUGGAAACUUAAAUUACUAUGACAUCAGAAAGAAGUGUGAGGGGAGCUUCUGCUAUGAUUUCUCAAACAUGGAGAAAUUCUUGAACCAGAAACCUGUUAGAGAGGCACUCGGAGUUGGGGACCUAAGUUUUGUUUCAUGUAGCCCUACGGUGUAUCAAGCCAUGCUGGUGGACUGGAUGAGGAACCUCGAAGUGGGCAUUCCUACUCUUCUUGAGGAUGGAAUCCAGCUGCUUGUGUAUGCCGGAGAAUAUGAUCUAAUCUGCAACUGGCUUGGUAACUCAAGAUGGGUCCAUGCCAUGGAAUGGUCUGGUCAGAAAGAGUUUGUGUCUUCUCCAGAAGUUCCUUUUGUUGUUGAUGAUUCAGAAGCAGGAGUUCUUAAGAACUAUGGGCCUCUUAGUUUCCUGAAGGUCCAUGAUUCGGGUCACAUGGUUCCGAUGGACCAGCCCAAGGCUGCAUUGGAGAUGCUGAGGAGGUGGACUCAGGGCACACUUUCUGAAGCAGCGGCAGAACCAGAAAAAUUGUUUGCUCAGAUGUGA